UGGCGGGCGGCGGCGGAAGGAGCUGGCCGCCGGGGCCGGGGGGGACACAAGAUGGCGGCGGUGCUGGAGGUGGAGGUUGGCGGCCCCGCCGAGCGCGAUGUGGAGGAGGUCGAUCUUUCGCACUUGUCCCCAGAGGAGAGAUGGAGGGUGGAGCACGCACGGAUGCACGCCAAGCACCGCGGUCACGAGGCCAUGCAUGCCGAAAUGGUCCUCAUCCUUAUCGCCACGCUGGUGGUGGCACAGCUCCUGCUGGUUCAGUGGAAACAGAGGCACCCUCGCUCCUACAAUAUGGUGACCCUCUUCCAGAUGUGGGUAGUGCCUCUGUAUUUCACAAUCAAGCUGUACUGGUGGCGGUUCCUGGUAAUCUGGGUGCUCUUCUCAGCGGUCACAGCUUUUGUCACCUUCAGGGCGACUCGAAAACCUCUGGUACAGACAACGCCCAGGCUGGUUUAUAAAUGGUUUUUACUAAUAUACAAGAUCAGCUAUGCCACUGGAAUCGUAGGGUACAUGGCUGUGAUGUUCACGCUUUUUGGUCUUAACUUAUUAUUCAGAAUCAAACCAGAAGACGCGAUGGACUUUGGGAUCUCCCUCCUCUUCUAUGGUCUUUACUACGGGGUGCUGGAGCGGGACUUUGCCGAGAUGUGUGCGGAUUACAUGGCCUCGACGAUCGGGUUCUACAGCGCCUCGGGGAUGCCCACCAAGCACCUCUCCGACAGCGUCUGCGCCGUCUGUGGCCAGCAGAUCUUCGUGGACGUCAACGAGGAGGGGAUCAUCGAGAACACCUACCGCCUCUCCUGCAACCACGUGUUUCAUGAGUUCUGCAUCCGUGGCUGGUGCAUCGUCGGGAAGAAGCAGACGUGUCCGUACUGCAAAGAGAAGGUGGAUCUCAAGAGGAUGUUCAGUAACCCCUGGGAGAGGCCUCACGUCAUGUACGGGCAGCUGCUGGACUGGCUGCGCUACCUGGUGGCCUGGCAGCCGGUGAUCAUCGGACUGGUCCAGGGCAUCAACUACAUCCUGGGGCUGGAGUAAGGGCAGGCGCUGGGGAGCCGUGCAGCCACGAGAGGACGCGUGCCCAGGGCAGGGGACAGCGGCCGGCUGGGGACGCCGGCUUUUCUCCGUCACCUCUCAGGACCUCGGUCGCCCCCGAGGACGGCGUCAGGGGGCCGAGGGAGGACUCUGCCCUGGGGUCCCCCCGCCCCGCUAGGGCUGGGGGAGUCUUUUUUUUAAAAGCGGUUAUUUUAACGAGCGUAUUUAAAACUUUCUAUUGCAGAUGAAGAGACGCUUGUCCCGUUUCCCUCCCCCAGCCCCUCCCCGGCCCUUCACACCAAGCUUUUGGCUUUGGGAGGGCCGUUCUCCAUCUCCCUCUCCUGCCGCUCUGCUGGGGGAGGCGACGGAGAGGGCCGAGGCUUUGCCGGCUCCCCACAGCAGCCCUGCCGGCAGCGAGGAAGGGACACGGGGAAGCAGGGUCAGGUUUGGGCCCCUCGGCUGCGUGGGGCUGGAGCCCUGGAAGGGGGGACGGAGGGACACUCAGCCGCCCUGGCACUGAGCGCUGCGGGUUGGACUCUGGGCCGCCAGGUCCCCAUCCUGGGGCCGUGGGCGUGCGGGGAGGAACCGAGCCGCUCUCCUGCGCUGUGACGGUGGGCUCUGCCUGCGCCCUGCCUCGGGGAACCCUUUUGUACGCUCCCCUCUUUUCUACGUUCCUCCCCGGCAGCGUUGCCCGGCUGCUGUGGCUUGGGGGCCAGCCAGGGCACGCAGCGGGGCCGCGCCGGUUCCCUGCACCCGUUUCUGUGAUGGUGACAGUACGUGGAGAGCAGCCCCAGAGCGGGUUGUCGCUGCCCGGGGCUGGGGGGACGCCUCACUGGGCAUUGCUGGUUUUGGCACUGGAAUAGCAGGGAUGGAGCGAAGGGCUGGGCUGGUGCCGGUGUUUCCCUGCUCCGGCAUCGCUCCGCCUCGCCGUGCCGGUGCGUGGAGCCAUGCCUCCGUUCCUCUUGCGCAAGGGACAUUUUGAGCUCAUUUAUUGGCAGCGGGUGGGUGACAGCCUGUGACAGCAGCGUGCGGGGGGAAGGUCCCCAACCCCGGGGCUGGCCGGGGCCUUUUGGGGGUGGCAGGGAGCCGGGGGGAGCUCCAGCGUGUCCGCUGAGGGUGGCGGGGUCUGGCAGGAGGAUGCAGUGAGGGGACGCGAGGCUCUGUCACCCCAUUCGUGGCGCGUGGGGCUGCGCUGCUUCGUGCAGGGGAUUCGGGAAGUGGCCGCGGCGGCUCGGCUGCAGGUGCAGCGUGGGCUGCGUCACCCGGCGGGGGAGACCCGGCCUCGUGCCUCGCUGAGUCCUUUUGGUUUUCUUUCGGGUGAAACCACGUCACAAUGUUGUGCCAAACACAGAAAUAGAAUCCUGGAAACGGA